GGAGCGCGCCUCUGCGUUUGCGCGGCUCGUGUGACCCGGAAGCUCUCCGCCGGGUGCAGUGUGUGCGGUGUCGGUGGGGCCCUGCACGCUGUGAGCCCCUCGGUCGCGCCGGCUCUCCUCACACUGCCCGCCAUGUCCCGAGGCUCCAGCGCCGGUUUCGACCGUCAUAUCACCAUCUUCUCGCCCGAGGGGCGCCUCUACCAAGUCGAAUAUGCGUUUAAGGCCAUAAACCAAGGUGGACUUACAUCUGUCGCUGUUCGUGGGAAAGAUUCUGCAGUAAUUGUAACACAGAAGAAAGUACCUGACAAGUUACUGGAUUCCAACACAGUGACUCAUUUAUUCAGAAUUACUGAAAACAUUGGCUGUGUGAUGACAGGAAUGACAGCUGACAGCAGAUCUCAGGUGCAGAGAGCUCGCUAUGAGGCUGCUAACUGGAAGUACAAGUAUGGCUAUGACAUCCCUGUGGAUAUGCUGUGUAAAAGGAUUGCAGAUAUUUCUCAGGUCUAUACGCAAAAUGCUGAAAUGAGGCCUCUUGGUUGCUGUAUGAUUUUGAUUGGUAUCGAUGAAGAACAUGGCCCUCAGGUAUACAAGUGUGAUCCAGCAGGUUACUACUGUGGAUUCAAGGCCACAGCUGCGGGAGUUAAGCAGACAGAGUCAACCAGUUUCCUUGAAAAGAAAGUAAAGAAGAAAUUUGAUUGGACAUACGAACAAACAGUAGAGACAGCAAUAACGUGCCUGUCUACUGUACUAUCCAUUGAUUUCAAACCUUCAGAAAUAGAAGUUGGUGUAGUUACAGUGGAAAAUCCUAAAUUCAGCAAGAAAACAAGGCGCCUGCUAUUUUCUCCCUCCCCUGGUACUGCCUGAAUCUGAGUGCAGUGCACUGUGUGCAACAAACUAGUCAGUCUUUUAAGACAGCACCUGGAAAUCUUGUGCUGAGGGCUGUACCUCGCAUUAGAUACAGUGUCCCUGAUGGUCUUUGCACAACACAAUGUUUAUCUAUGGAAGUAUGCAUGAAAUGUGGGACAAUAAGUUUUGGGGCUUUUUUGUUAAUGCAAAAAGACCCUCUGGGUAUGUGUUACCAAAAAUUUAGGUAAGUCUGGCUUACUGCAGAA